AUGAUAAUACUAAGUUAUAAUGUGCGUGGUUUGGGGGGAGGAGUGAAGUGGAGGGCUAUCAAAGAUUUGAUAGCGAGGGAGAGGGUGGAGAUGGUACUGUUGCAGGAAACCAAGCUUCAGGUUGUGGAUCAGAGGCAGUGCGUUAGCCUUUGGGGUGAUUCUAAUUGUGAUUGGCGCUAUACUCCGGCUGUAAAUAGUUCAGGAGGGUUAUUAUGUAUUUGGAGCAAAGAUGCUUUCACAAUUCAGAACUGUGUAUUAGGCCAGAAUUUCAUUCUCUUAGCUGGCUUGUGGAAGGAGCGAGCCAAUAAUUGCGUUAUUGUAAAUGUUUAUGCACCUUGUGACUUGGAAGCAAAAAGGGAACUUUGGCGGGGGAUCCAAGACCUGAAACAAAUUUGUCCUGUGGCCUCUUGGUGUAUUGGGGGAGAUUUUAAUGCGGUUAGAACAUCGCUUGAGAGGAGGGGGGAGGCAAUUAGUCAGACCUAUGGGCGUAGAGAAUCUGAUGAGUUUAACUCUUUUAUUAUUCAGAUGGAGUUGUUCGAUAUCCCUAUCCUUGGAAAACGUUUUAAGUGGUUUCGGCCGAAUGGCAAGGCGAUGAGUCGACUUGACAGAUUUCUGAUUUAA